AUGGCGAACACGGUACUGAAAUCAGGCACCUUUGAAAUACUGGUCCGGCAACAGUGGUAUUUUGUUAAUGGCUCACUGAAAGAAGAAUGUUUGGUUCUGACACUCAACGAGAGCCCUGACCAAAACAGUAUUCUAAAUGGAUCAAUAGCAGACAUUCCUGAGGGUAUCAUAGGACAGAAACGUUGCGUCAAGGUAAUCAAAGAUGAACAAAAUGGUUUGGGUAUUAGCAUCAAAGGAGGAAGAGAAAACCGCAUGCCUAUCCUGAUCACCAAAAUUUAUAAGAACACAGCGGCUGACAAGACAGACCGACUUUAUGUUGGAGAUGCUAUUCUGUCAGUUAAUGGUGAGGAGUUGAGGGAUGCAACCCACGAAGAUGCAGUUCGAGCACUGAAGAAGGCUGGGAAAGUUGUUGAAUUGCAAGUGAAAUUCUUGAAAGAAGUGACACCUUACUUCAAAAAACUAUCACCUCUAAAUGACAUAGAAUGGGGUUCUCAAGAUUUGUCCAGAAAAGAAAGCGUGAAAGCAAAUGAUCUGACCUUCCCUGACUCUCAACGAAGAACGUUAGAGUUACACUCCCCUGACGGCAAAGGUUCUUGUGUUCUCCGCUUCCCUGACCCAGCAACUGCCGCAGACUGGGCCAGUGCCAUUCAUGCAAACAUGAUGGCUCUCACCAAACAGGCAAUUCAAGAGGCCAACAGAAUGCUCAGCUCUUCGGGAAACCAGCACGAUGUCAGGCACAUGGGGUGGCUGUCCAGACAGCUGACAGGUGACCAAACAACCCCAGUGUGGAAGCCUGUCUUCAUGGCCCUGCUGGACAAUGACAUUGUACUCUACAACUCUGCACCUUUGAGCAAAGAGGGCUGGGCCACACCUUCACAGUGCAUUGCUUUACUGGCAUCACGAUUUGUGCACUUUGGCAACAAGAACCGCUGUGUUGGUGCCGAUUACUUUACCUUUGGAAUUAGAUCAGGAACACAUAAUGGGGUGGAAGUCAACAUCUUCCGGGUAGAGAGCCUGCAUGAUUUAAAUGUGUGGUCAAGAGCUUUAAACCAAGGGUCACUUGAAACUGCUGUCUUGACGAAGCAAGUAUCUUAUUCUGUGACAUGGAAGAACAAGAAAGCUAAGCUAACCGUGCACUUUGACAAAGGGUUUAUACUCUGGGAGGACAGUGUGGCAGCAGAUGGACCUGGAGAAGUUCUGUGGGCACAUCCCUUUGAGGACCUCAUCUCAUCUUCUGAUGAUGGUCAGAGACUCUUGUGGCUGGAUUUUGUUGAUGUUGGUGAACAGGAACUGGAUUUCAGCAUGUGUCCCAAGCCUGUUGUCUUCACCAUACACACGUUCCUGUCUGCUAAAGUCAGUCGGAUGGGGCUUCUUCCCUGA